ACGGCUCCCCAUAGUCCAGUCUUUGUAACCUUUCCCCAUGUAAAUCUUGCCAUUACUUGCGGAUAUUAAUUGGCUUCCAGGCCUAUGUAAGAGAGUCUCCUUCCUUCCCCCCACGUCGCAAUCAAUAUAUCUGUGAGAUAUAGCAAGGUUUGAUGUACUGAGGAAGCCAAAUCUCGCGGUUUGAGGAAAAGAUCAGGAGGCGGCGGCUUUCCGUCCUCCGCCACUUCUUUCCUUCCAUUACGUCGACGCGUGUUGUUGCUAGGAGAUAUCAGGCUUAUCCCGUUACCUUUACAUGAAGUUUCGAGGAGGAGAAUAAGUGUAUCAGAGUCCAGAGAGGGGGAAGCACCUCAUCGCUUCUGCACCACCAACUCUUGCGUUGAUUCAGCGUCGGUCUCUCCCUUAUAUUUCAUGGCCAUCCAAGCGCCGCUUCCGUUCUUCUACAGCAGCGGCAGCAGUUUGGACGGGAUGAUGGAAGGCGGAGGACGAUUGCCUGGUGAUCCAUGCCAAUCUUUUCAGCAGCAGCAACAACAACAAAUGGCGAUGAUGCCUUGGCCUCUUUGUCCUCCUCCUGCAACGUCGACGACAGGGUUUACUUUGCUUUCCUCUUGGACUUCAGGUCCUUCUGUUUCCAUGGAUCCUUCUCGUCAUCUUAUACAGAGACUUCUGGAGAAACAGGGGGAUGAGAUAGAUCAGUUCCUUCGGCAACAGAGCGACACGUUAGUAGCAGAGCUUCGGCAACAGGCAAAGCGGCAUACGGCGGCUAUGGUACGGAGUCUCCGGUCCAAAGCAUCCUUCCUUUUAAGACAACGGGAAGAAGAGUUGGCGAAGGCGAACAAGGUAGGUCUGGAACUGGAGUUGCGCCUGAAGAGUGCGGAGGAGGACCGGGCAAGGUGGCAAAUUGUGGCCAUGGAGAACGAGGCCAUGGCUAUUUCUCUCCACAACACUCUGGAGCAAGUGCGAGAACCAUGCUUCUCCACCACCAACGGCGUCCCGACGGAAGAGGCGGCGGCACCGGAACCGACGGCGGGGAUGAGCUCAACAACGCUGGGCCGCUGCAGGGUCUGCGGGCAUCGUGAUGCGUGCGUGGUGCUGCUCCCCUGCAGCCACCUCUGCUGCUGCGCGCCCUGCGCGUCCUUCCUCGAGGGGUGCCCCCUCUGCAGUUCCGUAAAGAGAGGCAGCGUGGAAGUGUUCUGGGAAUGAUGGAAAGGAAAGAGGCGAAGGGACAGGAAGACGGAGCGACGGAGAUCAGCAGAAACGGCAGCAGCAGAUGAAUAGGACAAGACGAAAACCGUAUAAAUAUACCAUUUUGGGGGGUCACAUUAACGUCUUUUCUCUUUUUUCUGCCGGUGCUGCAUCCAUCAGUUCGCCUCGCAGUCCUGUGUGCGUGUGUGUGUAUAGUCUACCAUGACAUCAACCAAGACGGGAUUCUGAAUCUUUUGGGCAAAGACCAAUAGGUCUUCUUUGA